UGUAAUAAGCGAUUAACAAAUGAAUAUACUGAUUUUACUUAAUCCCAGUGAUCGUUUUCCAUAUAAAUACUGCAAGGUAAGAUGUAACAGCAACAGUUGUCAAACAGCAACCAUGCGUCUUUUCCUCGCUUUAUUGGCUCUGGGCUUCGCAGCCGUAGCGGCUGUCCCGGCAAACCCUCAGAGGAUCGUGGGUGGUUCUACUACCACUAUUCAGCAGUAUCCCACCAUUGUUGCUCUGCUGUUCUCCAGGAAUGGAAACACUUUCUUCCAAGCCUGCGGUGGUACCAUUCUCAAUAACAGAAAUGUCCUCACCGCUGCUCACUGCCCCCACGGAGACGCAGUCAACAGAUGGCGUGUUCGAUCUGGUUCGACUUUCGCGAACAGCGGCGGUGCCGUCCACAACUUAAACAGCGUCAGGAUCCACCCUAAUUACAACAGGAGAAAUCUUGACAACGACAUUGCUAUUAUGCGCACC